CAAAUUUUUUUUUUUUUUAUCAAACUGACUUUUUAUAUUUUGACAGUUGGUGCUCCUUAAUACCAUAUGUACGAACUGUUUGAGUUUGUUUGAGUUUGUAAACAAUCUAAUGGAGUGCGAGAGCAAUGAGCAUGAUUUGAAUGAUAAAAUUGAUUACAUUGAUGAUGACAUAACUGUUUGUUCUCAGUGUAAAUUUUGUAAAAAUGAAAACUUUGUGGAAGAUGAUCUUAUAUCAGGAACAAUUCCAAUUACUUUUCAUGCCGAACUACAAGCACAUCCUAAACUGUUUCUUUUCAUUAAACGUCUUCAAUGCUGUAUUCGUAAGCAGAGACAUUCUUUAAAAAAAAUAUAUGGACACGUGCCAUCAGAGGCAAUUGUCCCAGACUUCCAUGAUGCAGCCACUCAGACGGAAGACUUUCCCAAUAGUCAAAUCGAUGCAUCCACCCAGAGUGAUGUGUGUGAACCCGUCGAUACAGGCGGUGAAGCACUCCAGAGUCAAGUUGUGCCAAACGCAGAAAGCACAGCCCCAGCCGAAAAUUUCUCCUGGACUUCGUCGUGCAUUGAUGUUGGUAAAAUUGCCCAUACAAAUUUGGCUGAUGAGGUGAAACAAGCCGCGGAGAGUGCAAUGCAACAAACUGGCUUCGUGUAUGAGGCUACAUCUGGAAUGUAUUAUGAUUACAGUACGGGAUAUUAUUACGAUGCUGAACGUGGGCUGUACUACAAUGGAGAUAGUGGAACUUACUAUAGUUUUGACAGCAGCACGAAUGAAUUCAAAUUUCAUUCUCAAGCUGCAGCAACUUAUCCCCUGAGUCAAGUUAGUGCUCUCACUAGCCCACAGGAGAUUCCUCUUAAAACCAAGAGAGUGAAACAGAAGGAAAAUACAAAGGAAAAGAAACGGCUAAAGGUAAUGGCUGAAAAUAGCGGAGAUGGCGAACCUAGAGAAGACAUGGAUGUUUCUUUGGAAGAAGGGGAAUGCUCAGAGAGCAGUGCGAGCAGUAGCUGCUCCGACAAUGACGAUGACGCCCCAUCAGACAAAGAUGACAUGCUCGCCCAAGACGAUGAGUUGGCAGCAGCGUGGCCUCCGUGUAUUCGAAUCAUCGUGACGGAGACGGGGCUGGAGAAACUGAAAGUGGGCACUUUGUUCAUCGUCACGUACACCGGCGGAACACUGGGGCGGGAAGGCGAUCAUGCUGUGUUGAUACCUGACAUCAACAUCAGCAAGGUGACUUCUUAGAAAAGAUAGAAUAUUGGUUUCUUGAGGUUGAAUUAUUAUGAGUGUAAUUAAUGUAAGAAUGAGAAAAGUGUACAGAAACUUGAAUAUGACAAGUUGCAUUUUUUUAAUUUUAUUUUUUAGCUAAAUUAUGUCCGUACAAUCUUGAAGUUUGCAGUUGAAUUGUGUUUAGUUGCAGAGUGGCUGAUGACAGUUAAAAAAUUAAGGUUUGUUUCACAGUAAUUCAUCUUAAAAUCAAAGUAUGAGAAAUAGUUAUAAAGCUCCUUAAAAAUCUAAACUUGUCAGCUGGGACCUCUACUCUCUAAUGAAUGCAUAGAAGACCUAGUGAUUUUGUCUACUGGCAUGUCUAGAAAACUGUCAAUUUACAAUUUGACUAAAUUUUAACAGAACAAAGAAUACAGGGAUCGUGUAGAUAGUCAUUAAGUAUUUUUGAACUCUCAAUGAAAACUAUUCAGGAUCAAAGGUAUAAAAUUAGAAGAAAAAAAACAUUAU